AUGCGUCGACUUCUCUGUCUGCAUAUAUUCCUAUGCUGCCUCAGUAUGGCUCAUCCCUUCUGUCCAUCCCAGUGCACUUGUGUCUUCCAUGGACGAACAGAUGGAAUUGGAACAAGAACCGUGCUCUGCAAUGAUCCGGACAUGUCUGACAUCCCUGUUAACGUCCCUGUAGACACGGUCAAACUACGUGUUGAGAAAACCACAGUACGAAGAAUCCCAACAGAAGCUUUUUACUACUUGGUGGACCUACGCUAUUUGUGGAUUACUUACAACUCCAUAAGCUCAGUGGAUAGUGGAAGCUUCUACAAUCUCAAAGUGCUCCAUGAGCUAAGGCUAGAUGGAAAUAUGAUAUCCAUAUUUCCUUGGGAGUCUUUGAAAGAGAUGCCCAGGCUAAGGACACUGGAUCUACACAACAACAGACUCACUAAUGUUCCUAUUGAGGCAAUCCCAUUCCUCCGCAACAUCACCUACUUGGAUUUGUCCAGCAACAAAAUAACCACGCUGCCCUCUGAGCUCAUGGAUAUCUGGCCCCCAUUCAGUGGAGUACCAAUCUCUACUAAUGCCUCUCAGAAAGUAGUGUUAGGCCUCCAAGAUAACCCCUGGUACUGUGACUGUAAAAUCUCCAAGAUGAUUGAGAUUUCCAAAAUGACUGUCACCCCAGUGAUUUUAAUGGACCUAUUCCUGACCUGCAGUGGACCAGAGAACCUGGCAGGAGUCCUUUUUCAGCGUGCUGAACUUGACAAUUGUGUGAAACCAACGGUUAUGACUUCUGCAACUAAGAUCACAUCUCCUUUGGGCAGUAACGUUCUCCUGCGAUGUGACACCACAGGGUUUCCAACACCAGCUCUUAUCUGGGCAAAGUCAGAUGGUUCAACAGUCAACAACACAGUCCAGGAGUCACCUGGGGACGGCAUCAGGUGGUCGAUCAUGAGCCUGACUGGAAUACUGUCCAAAGAUGCAGGGAACUACAGCUGCAAAGCUAAGAAUGUUGCUGGAAGUGCAGAAGCCACAAUUUCUCUCUCAGUUGCCGGUGCCGUGAGUACUACCGUCCCCCCACUGACCCCCAGCAAAGCUACUGGACCAACGAGCCAAAGCACAACAUUGUCACUCCCUCUUACUGAGAUUCCCAACUUGUCUUCUGCCACAUCCACAGCUCCCCCAAGAACAUCAACAACAAUAUCUGCUGCCCCCAAAAGGCCAAAAACUACUCCUUACAACCUUGUACAGAAGGGCUCACUCAAACAAGAAAAAACUCAACAAGGAAACAAUGAAAGAAAGCUUGCAGCAGACGAAAAGAGCAAAAAAAGUAAUGCAUCGAAAUCUGUGAAAGACUUUCAGGUUGUUGAGGAAACUUCAAACAGUGCGGUGUUGCUUUGGAGAGCAGAUGGAUUACCGAAUGAUGCCCCUCUAACAGUUGUAUAUUCACCGUAUGGAGAGGAUGAUAUCAAAAGGACAGUGGAAACCAAUGCGGGCAGUGGAAAAGUAUUCUUGGAGGGAUUGUCAUCUGGGAUGCGGUACUCUGUUUGCCUUGUUGCAAAAGGUGGUGCUGUUGGUAAGGAUCCCUGCACUGACUUCUACACACUGGACAGUGUAGAGGAUGGGGGGCAGAGCCAGCUUCUUGUCAUCAUAAGUGGCAUUGCUUGUGCUUUGGUUUUGCCUUUGAUUGCUUUGUUAAUCUACAAAAUUCUUGCUCUGUACUGUAAGGUGAGCAGCCCAAAUCUGGAUGAAGAGGAGCUUGAAAAGGAUAGCUAUGUCAAGUUUGAGACAAUUUCAAUGAAACAAAGGACUUUAAGCGCUCAUCCAACUGAGCUGUGGGCAAGGAGACAGACUAAUGAAUCAGAGCGAAUGCUCCUGUGCUCCAGGUCAAGCAUCGACUCCCAGAUGACAUAUAAGAGCGACAGUUCCCGGUCUGAGUAUCUUUGCUGA